AUGUCAGCCAUCAAAGAGAUCACCAGCCUUGAGGGCUGGGCGCAACACAUAUCAUCGCUCCUUCCUUCAACCCUCUUGAUCGUCUCGUUCCAUGCUCCUUGGGCAGCACCCUGCGCGCAGAUGGCAAACGUUCUAUCGACCCUAGCGAACCAGUACCCCGUGACUGAACCGCUUUCGACGUCAUGGGUGUCCGUCAACGCUGAAGAGCUUUCCGAAAUCAGCGAAACUUACAAUGUGACGGCCGUCCCGUUUCUUGUCCUUGUCAGAAAUGGCCAGGUUCUCGAAUCGGUCAGCGGGAGCAGCGCGGUCAAAGUGCGGAAUGCAAUCGAGAGUCACGCAAAGCCUGCCGCACACUCAAAUCCAACCGUUGGCGAGCAAGCAGCGGCUGUCACCAACGGCGGUGCACCAGUUGUUAGAGAUGAGAUUAGCGAGGCUCUUCCGAGAGACGCUGAGAAGCAGAGAGAGGAACUUUUCAAGCGCCUUGCCGACCUCGUAAAGGCUGCUCCAGUGAUGCUGUUCAUGAAAGGAACACCUAGCGAGCCCAAGUGUGGCUUCUCACGACAAUUGGUGGCAAUUUUGCGGGAGAAUGCUGUCAAGUACGGCUUCUUCAAUAUCCUAGCCGACGACGAAGUGCGCCAGGGGCUGAAGGAGUUUGCGGAUUGGCCAACGUUCCCGCAACUCUGGGUUGACGGGGAAUUAGUUGGUGGGCUUGAUAUUGUCAAGGAAGAACUAGCCAGCGAUUCUGACUUCUUCAGCAGAUACAGCACUAAAGUGAACGGCGGUGCCUCUGCUGCAGCGUCUUGA